GCUCGAUCUAGUAAGCCGGAAUGACGGUGAAGCAGAAACAUAGUCCCAGGUCUAGCGGGGUUGAGGAUGGGAAGACGCUGGUGCAGAGAAUAGACCUGGAUACCAUCCUGGUGGAGGAGAUAGGUCAGUUCGGUUGGUACCAGUUCAGGACGCUGCUACUCGCUGUGCUAAUGGUAAUCUUCGCGGCGUGGGCGGCGAGUGAAUAUGUUUUCACCACAGCUAGGAUAAGUACAAGAUGCUUGAUACCGGAGUGCGAAGGAGAAGACGCUAUCGAUUUCUCCCCGCCGUGGAUUCUGAACGCAGUACCGGGUUCCAGCAGCGGUUCUUUCGACAGCUGCCAACGCUUCGCCAACGUGUCCGCCCUCACGCGACCCGACACCUGCCCUGCGAGUCUCUUCGAUAGGCAGAGGGUUGUGGAAUGUGAGGAGUUCGUCUAUCAGAACACUGAUACUAUUGUAUACGAUUACGGCUUAGCAUGCGACGAAUGGAGACGUACUCUGAUCGGGUCUGUGCGUACGUUUGGUACACUCUUGGCUCUGCCCAUCACCGGCUAUGUAUCGGAUCGGUGGGGCCGGCGCGCGGCACUCACCAUCAACGCCGUGAACACUGCUUGGCUCGGCACCGUUCGCUACUUCGCUGGCACGUACGUCGGCUUCCUCAUCUCUGAAGUGGCUGAAGCUACCUUCGGAUCUGGUGGAUUCUCUUGCGCUUAUAUCUUGCUGAUGGAGCUGGUGGGACCUAAAUACCGAGUCGCUGCGGGCGCCACCAUGAACACUUUCUUCUCUAUCGGCCAAAUAACCAUGGGUUUAAUAGCCUGGGCCGUUCCUAACUGGAAAAGUUUCACUCUAGCCCUUUAUAUCCCACAAUUCGUCACCAUCUCUUAUUUCUGGAUCAUGUCGGAAUCUAUCCGUUGGUACAUGAGUAAAGGGAGAUAUGAUGAUGCAGAAACGGUACUGAAGAAUGUUGCUCGAGUUAAUAAAAAAGAAUUAUCAGAGAAAUCGAUACACGCUUUAAAACAAUCUGCCGAAGAAGAGAAGGUACGUCAAGCAGCAGAACAGGCAGAAAGACUCAAAGAACCUUGGCUGAUAGUCUUGGUAUUCCGGCAUAAGAGAAUCUUACUUCGUUGUCUAGUUUCGCCUGUUUGGUGGAUAACCAACACGUUCAUUUAUUACGGAAUGUCGAUAAACUCAGUGAACAUGUCUGGCAAUCGGUACGUGAACUACAUAGCUGUAUCUGCAGCGGAGAUCCCCGGCUACUGGACCGCUGUACUGCUGAUGGGUAAGAUUGGAAGGAAACCGGUUCUGGCCGGUGCAUUCUGGGUCUGCGCCGCUUGUCAAAUUGGAUACAUCUUCAUGCCUGAAGAUUUCUACGCGGUCUCUCUCACUUUGUACCUCAUCGGCAAGUAUAGCAUUGCGAUGGUGAUGACGUCAGUGUACGUGUACACCGCCGAGCUGUACCCCACGCGCUACCGCCACAGCCUUUUCGCCUUCUCCUCCAUGAUGGGCAGGAUCGGCUCCAUCGUAGCACCGCUCACACCUGCUUUCGGUGCGGCGGUAUGGGAAGACUUACCAUUCGCAUUGUUCGCCGGCUUCGCGCUGCUGUCGGGCAUCCUAGUCCUCAUCACACCGGAGACCCUGGGCACCAAGUUGCCCGACACUAUGGAGGAGGCGGAACAGAUCGGCAAGAAACAAUCCACGUGACAGAAGUUAUUUUAGGUUUAAAUUGUCAUAGUUUAAGUUAAUUAGGAAUAAGCUUUAACUUACAAGAGAAUAUGAUACAAUAAUACAGAAAAGUUUUAA